AUGGCUGAUGACCUUCACGUUUGGUGGGCGUCUGGAGAGAAAGUGGCUGUGGUGUCACGGGAUCUUCGUGAUGUGGUGUCCCUGAAGCAACAACUUCAUUGGCUGACAGGCUAUCCUCGAUUCUGGCAGCGGCUUUUGCACCACAAUAAUGUCCUGGAAGACUCUGACAACUUGGAGAGCAUCGUCGGGGAUGUUCAGCUUGUGGUUCUGCAUGACUUUGCCAGAAGCUCCGAUGAAGAAAUUGGCGCAUUGGCGCUUGCUGCUCAACGCGGUCAUGCUACGGCAAUUGAGGAGAUGCCGCAAUGUCGGAACCCCGCAAACCUUACAACGUUGUGA